AUGUUGCUGCUGCUCCUUGUUUCCUGCGUCUUUCAGUUUGGCGCCAAAGCGGAUAUCCAGGGCUGGGCCGGCUGGUCCCCGUGGACACCAUGUUCAAGAACGUGCGGCGGCGGGAUGUCACAACAGCUCCGCCGAUGUCUAGACGUCAAAUGCUCCGGGAUUUCCGUUCGGCAACGCGUUUGCAAUUCCAUGGAAUGCGACAAACCCUCUCGAACGGCUCGCGAUACAGUCUGCGGGGGCGAGACGAUACUUUCCAAGCAACAGUGUGAAGUGGUUUGCCGGUCAGCGAGCUCUGGGGCCAAAUUCAUCUGGCGUGUGGCCGACGGGACACCGUGUCAAGGGACUACGCAUCGCUCCGUUUGUUCCAGUGGCGUCUGCCAGGCGGUGGGCUGUGAUGACGUGAUUGGCUCGUCACUUCGGAUGGAUGGUUGUGGAAUCUGUGGAGGAAGAGGGGAUACCUGUGAAACAUCACAUUUUGACUGGCGGGACUCGGGCGAGUUCUCGCCAUGCCCACAAGAUUGUCAACAGGCCGCUAAACUGGCACAACUACAUGGAGGGGCAUAUGAUACGCCCGGCUCCGAGUCGUGCGUCUCGAAAUGGUGUGGAACAUGGGAUACCGGGCCGUGGACUUCCUGUUCGGCUUCCUGCGGCACUGGGACACGAUCGAGGGUGGUGACCUGCGUUGGAGGGACCGAUUGUGACAAGGUCAAGAAACCACAGGUUCACCAGAGCUGCUACGCCGGAAUUCCGUGCAACGUGAUCCCGCCACAAGCCCUCCAAGCCGCCGACAACCCGGCAGGACCAACCGAGCAGCCUGGCAGCCUCGACUGGCCGGAGCGACGACUUCUAGACGGACAGAGCUGGAGUGGCCAAGAUGCGGCCGGUGCGGCGACACCUAGGAUCGUGACCGGAGCGUGGGGCAGCUGUUCAGCUUCUUGCGGCCCGGGCGUAUCGUCACGAAAAGCUGAAUGUGUCGCCCUGCACCCAAUGACACGCAAUAUCAUCCAACUGCCCGACAGCGAAUGUUCCGCACUUCCCCAGCCCCCGCUAUUCCAGCCUUGCGAAGAACGACCUUGCCCGUUACAGGAAGAGCCAAAAGAUGCGAAAGACAACUCGCCGUAUCGCUGGGAACACGGAGAAUAUGGACAAUGCUCGGCCAGCUGCCUUGGAGGGAAACAAAAAGCCGUAUUGAUGUGCGUGGAGGUGGCGACAAACCGUCCGGUGUCGUGGUCGCACUGUGAUGCCAGGCGAACCCCUCCAGAACGUGUGAAAACCUGCAACACACAGCCUUGUCCGGCAACUUGGCAGGCGGGCCAAUUCUCGGAGUGUACGGCGACGUGUGGCGGAGGGACGAAUACGCGGAACGUCCGCUGCGUACGCCCCAUCUCAAAAUCAGGUGGAGCCGACUCGAACCUCAUCCUGCCCGACAAUCAAUGCCCACAUCCGAAGCCACCGGAAACGCAACCCUGCGCGCAAGUUGCGUGCCCCGCCGAUUGGGUCACUGGCGUGUGGUCAGAGUGCUCAUCCUCGUGUGGAAGCGGUGAGCAACGACGACGCGUCGAAUGCGAGGGCCGAGACUCGCGCGGGCGCAGCGAACGUCGAAGCGAACGCGAAUGUGCCGCGCAACGGCCCCAUCACGUCCAAAUGUGCAACCUUGGCCCCUGUGGCGAGAAACCGCAACUAAAAUCGAACCGCGUCUUCGAGCAGGCCAGCGACGAGAAGAAGCUGACGCUGGGGAUCGGGGGCGUGGCCACGCUAUAUCAAGGCACAAGUCUCAAGAUAAAAUGUCCGAGGAAGAACUUUGACAAGAAGCGAAUCUAUUGGACAAAGGAUGGCAGACGGAUCAGGAAUGAUGCUCACAUCAAAGUAUCAACAAACGGCAAUCUCCGAAUCAAACAUGCCCGUCUGGAAGACGCCGGAACCUACGAAUGCUUCACCGACAGUCUACAGGGCAACGUCACGCUCCACUUCAAAUACCACGACGAGGCAGAUAGCGUUCAAAAAGCAUUAGACAGCAAUCGCGUCGAAUCACAUCUGCACCCAAAGCAUUCACGACUCUAUAACAUCACACGUCUACAGAACCUCCUGACAGAAAUCUCGGACGCCGAAGAGCUGCUGAAAGAGCUGAAACCAUUCCACUCGCUUUUCAAGGUCCAUUAUGAUAUCGGAGCGUGGAGUGACUGCAAGCAGAAGGCCUGUGGGGUACAUGGCUUCCAGGUGCGCGACGUGUCCUGCUUGAUGGUGAUCGAGGGCGGGACGACGAAACGCACCGAUAUCGCGGUGUGCAGCCUCCGCCCAAGCUCGAAACCUCCAAAUACAAGACCAUGCCAAAUGAUUGGAUGCCCGAAAUGGGAGACGUCUGAAUGGACUGAGUGCGCGCUGUCACGCUGCGUGCGCGACGGUGUGGCCCAACAGCGCCGUAUCCUGCGUUGUUUGGCGCAAAACGGCACCGAGGUCGACGUCGACCAGUGCGACCGGUCGAAUCGCCCGAAGCCGAAGAAGGACUGCGAGAACGCGAAAUGCAAAGCCGAGUGGCGGGCCAGCGAGUGGGGCACGUGUACGCAGAGUUGUGGAAAUGGAGGCGUACAGCUGCGUAUGCUUCAAUGCGUGUGGACUGUUUCCGGAAAAGCGGCCGGCCGCUCUUGUGAGGGCGUCAGAAGACCAGCAGCCGCCAGACCUUGCCCCCAGGCCGGCCAACUACCCACCUGCCCAGCCGAACCACCCACCGCCCUGCCGCUAAAAGAUGCCUCGUGCGAGGACCUGUCCCGUUUUUGUGACAUCAUCAAGCUAUUCCACUCAUGCGAUUCUGAGGAAGUACGGCGACGCUGCUGCGCUUCGUGCACCAGAUACGAUUUCCGGCGGCGAACC